AUUUCCGUCUUGGAAGCCGAACUCGAGACCUACAGACAGCUGAGCGAAGCCAAGCGCCAGGCGGCCGACCUCCUCAAACACCAGCUGAUGGAGGUCCUCUACGAGAAGGUGGUGACGGAGGUCGAGGAGAAGCAUCGCAGGAGACACCUGGAGGAGGAGAUCAUGAGGCUCGAGUUCCAACUCCAUCUCUUGAGGGCCACCACCGAGGAAAACAUCAGGUCGCUCUCCACGCAGCUGCAGAGUCUACUUUCAGAGAGAGCGGCCCUAAAACGACAGCUGUCAGUCCACCACUUACACACCGAGCCCGAAUCCCGCCUUGACCCAGGCCCCUCUAACCUCCCCGAUCACAGCCUGUCUCUUGGGACGCAGGAGAACAUCGAGCUGAGUUCCAUCUCCUGGACGCCCUCUCACUAAACCAGGAGAUGACUCAGCAGUAUAAUCAGCAGAGGCCAUUGUCAACAACUUUGAAGCCCACGGAAUAUAUUUGUCAAGAAAGGACGGAACACGCGAAAUAGAUGUUAAUGAAAGUU